AUGAGAGCUGUUAAAUUUGUAGUUGUAGGUGAUGGUGCCACUGGUAAGACUUGUCUCUUGAUAAGUUAUGCUACCAAUCAAUUCCCAGGUGAAUAUAUUCCAACUGUUUUCGAUAACUAUUGUGCAAAUACAAUGGUAGAUGGUAAACCAUAUAACUUGGGAUUAUGGGAUACUGCCGGACAAGAGGAUUAUGACAGACUGAGACCACUGUCAUACCCACAGACCGAUGUAUUUUUGAUUUGUUUCUCUGUAAUCUCACCGUCAUCAUUUGAAAACGUCUCUGCCAAGUGGGCACCGGAAGUCAGACAUCAUGCUCCGGGUGUUCCUAUUAUCUUGGUUGGUACAAAGACCGAUAUGCGUGACGACAAAGAAACUAUCGAUCGUCUUCGUGAAAAGAAAAUUCAACCGAUCAACUACGAACAAGGUUUAGGAAAGAUGAAAGAUAUCAAAGCUUCGAAAUACCUCGAGUGUUCUGCACUCACUCAAAAGGGUAUUAAGAAUGUUUUCGACGAAGGUAUUAGAGUAUCAACAAACAUUCCAAUCUACGAUGUAAAACAAAAGAGAUAUGGUGUCUCUUCAGGUUGUAUGAUCCUAUAA